AUGGUCGUACGCCCAUCUNAGUUUGACUUCCGCGCCCUGGGCGACGGCCGCUCUGCUUCGGCGCGUUAUGCCAACAAUUCCAACUACCGCAACGAUUCGUUGAUUCGCAAAGAGAAGAUCAAGCGCAUCAUCAAGGACAGUGAAAUCUUGAAGGAAGAUGACACCAAGUGGCCGCAAAAGAACAAGGAUGGCAGACAGGAGCUUGAGAUUCGUCUCGGCAAUGAACACAUUUCGUUCGAGAUCGGAUCUCUUGUCGACGUCAACGAAUCAGAAGACCCUGAAGGCCUUCGUGUCUUCUACUACCUCGUGCAAGAUCUAAAGGCACUCGUCUUCUCUCUGAUCGCCCUUCACUUCAAGAUCAAGCCCAUCUAA